UUUGAGAUGAUAACUGAUGAGUAAGAUAAGAUAAGAUAAGAUGAGAUAAGAUAAGAUGAGAUAAGAUCAAGAGGGUAAAUGCAGUGCAAAUGCAGGAUGUGGUUUCUUCUGUUUUUCUAUGCGCAUGUUCACACCAAGGCAACUACCGUCGUUUACUUUUUUUUCACACUUGUACAUCUGCUUGGAAAUCUAUAAGACAGCUAAAAGGGACUUCCUCAAAAGAUGCACAAGAGCACACCACACAUUCGCUUAGAUACGCAGAGUCAUCAGCCUUAACUCAUCACCUGGAUAGGAAGCAUAAUGGAUCUGGGAGAAACUAUCUACACCUUGGCAGAAGUGCUGAUCGCUGUUAGCUGCUGUCUGGGUAACCUGCUGGUCAUUUUGGCACUGUGGGUCAGUAAGAACAUUAAGCAGCCUACCUUCUGCCUGAUCGUGUCUCUGGCUGUAGCUGACUUUAUGGUCGGUUGUGUGGCCAUACCGAUGGCUGUGGUGGUGGACGGACGGGUGCAGACUUCAUUCAACAACUGUCUCUUCAUCUGCUGUGUGGUCGUCCUCUUGACUCUGGUUUCCGUUCUGACUCUGCUGGCUAUUGCAGUGGACCGUUUCCUCCGGGUGUAUAUUCCUCUAAGGUACAAAAGGACUGUAACACAGAGACACUCUUUCCUUGUGGUAGCAGUAUGUUGGCUUGUUGCAACACCACUGAGUUUUGCUCCCAUGCUUGGAUGGUACAACCACACAAACCUGUCUCAGUCCAAUUCUACAAUUGUCUGCCAGUUUGUCUCUGUGAUCCCCAUGUCUUACCUGGUUUACUUCAGCUUUUUUCUCUGUACCUUGACACCUCUGUUAGUCAUGACUGUGCUGUACAGUUAUAUAUUCUGCAGCAUUCAUGGAAACCUUCGAGAAAAAACAGGCAACAGAGCUCAAAACCAGAACCGCUCUCGGAAGUACCUGAGGAAAGAGAAACAGCUGGCAGGAUCUCUGUGCCUGGUCUUGGUUCUGUUUGCCCUGUCCUGGCUCCCGCUCCACAUAAUGAACUGUAUUGUGUACUUUGGCAGUCCGACUGAUGUACCAGGUACAGCUUUCUAUGUAGGCAUUUUGCUUUCUCAUGCUAACUCUGCCGUCAACCCAGUUGUGUAUGCGUUCAAAAUACGAAAGAUCAAGGCUGCCUAUGUGGAUAUUUGGAGACGGCAUGGUCCGUGCACAGCAGGAAAUCAGAUAUCUCCAACUAUUCAGACAACAGACAGCUAUCCCAGCAGUAACAUCAUCACUGUGACAAACAAUGACUGAGGUGUUUGCUUGUUUCCUGUUUCGUAAUGAUCGCACUUUUUAACCAAGUUUAUGAGGCACACAGUCAACGCCACAUAUGCUUUUCUUUGCAAAAAUCCUGUUGAGAUUGUUAUUGUGUUUUGUUUUAAAAAAAUCAAUUUAAGUUUCCUUUUCCAGUAUAUCUGUUUUAAUUUGUGCACUGCUGAGCCCUUUGUUUUUCCACUUUUAAAAUCUUGAGUGUGUGAGAAGCUUAUUUGUUUUCUGUCAUUCUUUAGGCAUGGGCUACACACUGAAUCACUUUAUGUGGCCAUAGUAUCUGGCAAUAAAAGCGUUAAACCAAG